AUGGGCUGGAAAGCGCCCUCCCGGUCCUGGUCGCCCGAAGAAAGGUCAGACACUGACGCGCAGGCAGCGAUCCUACUACAGGCGCACUGGCGGGGUACCAUGGUCCGUCGGCUGCACCGGAAGCACCUCGUCUCGGCCGCCGUGCUGGUCGCCCACCUGCGUGCCUGGCACAUGGGUCGGCAGGAGCGGAAGUGUUUCUUGCGCUUGAAAGCGGCCGUGCUGCGCUUGCAGCGCUUCCUGCGCGAGCGGCGGAGCUUCCAAACAGAGGAGGAAUUGAUGACCUCAGAGAUGUUGGUCUCCUGUGAGGUGGGUCCGGAGAUCAUUGAGGUGAUGACCGAGGGAACGGAGGGAAUGUCAGCGACAGUGAAGCCUGGAGGCUGCUACGUCCGCCCAGCGCUUCGGGGAGCGGCCCGACGGAAGCUGCUGGGGGAGGAGGUCACCUUGCCAGGCGUCCGCAGCCCCGAAGGGCGCGCCGCUCGAAGGACGCCGCGGAAAUCGUGUGGGCCAACGCCCGAGAAGAAGACGCGGAACGAGGCGGACGGUGCACCCGGGGCUGAAGCGAGCAGUUGGGCUGGGUGCUGCAGUUGGGAGCGAUUCAGCGACCUGGUCUCCAACAUGAACAUACCCAUGGAGCUCCAAGAGCGAGCGCGUCGGCUGCUGCGAGCGCUGGACGCGACGCUUGGCUCUGCGAAGGGCGUCGAUGGUUGCCCUUUAGGAAUGGAACAACAGGAAAAUGCCCAACAGGGUAUGGAAGAGGAUUUGCCCUUGAAUCACGAUGGACGCUUGUCCGUGGAGGAGUGCAUCGACUUGAAGGAUGGUACUUGGCUUUUCCCCGAUGAAGAGAGCUUCGAAGAGGUCUUGGACGAUACAGAUCGUAAGUUCGUGGACGCGGACCGCCUUUGGUCGUUGAUCUCUGAUAGGCUCUCGAAUGAUGCCUCGGGAGAAGAGUGGCUGCGAAGCCAGUACCGCUUGUUGAGGUCCCGGCGGGGCGAAGCCAAUUGGAGUCCCGUGGCUUCAAAGACCUUCACCGGAUCGAAGAGCUUGGUUUGGUCCAAGUCCUUGUCCCCGGCGGGCUCCUUGGAGAGCUUCUGGGAGGACUUCUGCGGCGUGACUUGGCCGCGUGGUACUGAUGUCGCCUGGGCCUUGGUUUUUGUUGCGGUGGGCCUCGAUGGCGAAGCUCUUCCCUUGGACUUGCUGCCCAACGCCACUGGCCGCGAGGUCUACCGAGCCCUCACCGAGCGGCUGCCGCUCAAGGAGGGCGCACGCGUGUGCGUGCAGAUCGGCCGGGAGAAGAUCUCCCUGCGAAAGGCCGUGAAGGACUAUGGGUUGGAGUCCGGGAGUUAUGUGGGCUACGUCUACGUGCCGGUGAACCUGCACGAGGCCUGGAGAUAUUUGCAGGGCUGGCCAGUGGAUGAUGAGGAAUUCACGCUGGAGGGCGUCACGCAACUGGGCGGUGUGCCUUCCGUGGAGUCGCUACCCAGCAGCCUGACCGAGCUGAUUUUGCAUCCAGACUUCAACCAAAGCUUGGAGAAGGUGUUGUGGCCCGGAAGCCUCCAGAGUCUAAGCUUCGGCUUUUCCUUCAAUCAGACUUUGGAGGGGACCAUUUGGCCCAACCAGCUGCGAAGCCUGACGUUCGGCGCGGAAUUCAACCAGCACUUGGACGAAUGGGCACUACCUAGCAGCCUGGAGAGCUUGACCUUUGGCAUUGGUUUCAACCGGAGUUUGGACCAUGUGAGUCUUCCAGAUGGACUGAAACACUUGACCUUUGGCACAUUCUUCAACAAGAGCUUGGAGCAAGUUCAUUUGCCAGAACUUGAGAGCCUGGUCUUUGGCAUGAAAUUCGACCAGAGCUUGGAGGAAGUGGUUUUGCCUGGCACUCUUCAGCAUUUGGCCUUUGGUGAUGGUUUUAAUCAGCCUUUGGAUCACGUGAUCUUGCCAGAAGGACUCCUCAGUCUCACCUUUGGUAACCAUUUCAAUCAGAGUUUGGAAGCAGUUCUCUUGCCCAGCAGCCUGAAGAGCUUGACCUUUGGAAAUCAUUUCAAUCAGAGUCUGGAAAGUCUUCCGUUUCCAUCCCUCGAGAACUUGACCUUUGGCGCUGGCUUCGUGGAGAGUUUGGAUCGAAUCCACUUACCCAGUAGCUUACAGAGUUUGACCUUGGGUCUUCUACAGGAAGUGGACGGAGUCACGUUACCCGAUCGCUUGAAGAGUUUGACCUUCGGAGACUACUUCGAUCAGACCUUGGAAAGUGUCUCAUUGCCUGAGAGCUUACAGGAGCUCUCCUUCGGAUAUGACUUCAAUCGCUCCUUACGUGGAGUGACCUUGCCGAGUGGUUUAAGAAGUCUCACCUUCGGAACGGAGUUCAACCAGGGCUUGGAUGGUGUCACCUUGCCCAAGAGCCUGCAGAGUCUGACCUUUGGCGCCGAAUUCAAUCGAGGACUGGAAGGAGCGACCUUGCCAGAAAGCCUGCAGCGUUUGACCUUCAGCGAUGAUUUCAACCAGAGCUUGGACCGCGUGGUUUGGCCAAGCUCCUUGCAUCAUUUGACCUUCGGCAAGGAAUUCAACCAGGCCCUAGAAGGGACAACUCUGCCAAGCGCACUGGAGAGCCUCACCUUUGGUGCUAGCUUCAACCAGAAUUUGGACGCAGUGCGACUACCUGCAGGUCUGAGGAGUCUCAACUUCGGCGAUGGAUUCAACCAGAGCUUAGACCUGGUGAGCCUUCCAAGUGGCUUGCAGAGUUUAUCCUUCGGCCAGAGCUUCAAGCAACGCUUGGACCGAGUGAUCUUUCCUCCAGCUCUGCGAAGCCUCACAUGCCGGGACCAUGUGGAGGAGAUUCUGGAAGGAAUCCUGGAGAAAGGAUGA